AUUUCAGUAGUUUCGAUUUCAUUAUAGGGGGACUAGUGUACAUGGGAGGGGUAUAUUUCCCAGAAUACAACACGAGGGGAGGCUGAAAUAUGACGUUUAUAUUUAAUCAUGGUACCACUAGGGAGGAGAUGGGAAGAAAGUGCUAAGCUACCCGAAACAUAAACCAAGUCGGCAUUUGCGCUGCACCGGAACAAGUGAGCACGCCUUCCUCUGUGCACACUCACCCACCAGAGGCGGCCAGCCCAGCCGGGACCAUGAGCGAGCGUGGCCCUCGCACGGAGGCCUCCAUAUUUUUGCAGGUGGGGGUGGACCGCCUCGAGCACGAUGACAAAGAGGACAACGAUGAAGACAAGAUGGCACACUACGACGACGACAAAGAUGACGACGACCUGAUGUCGGCACCCUCGGGCUCCCGCGUCUACGACCGCACUACGGUGCUCAUUGAGCAGGACCCCAUCCGGCUGGACGAGGAGGGAGAGGAGGACCAUGGACACUGCGUCGGGGGGGACCACCACGACGGGGGCACUUUCCUGGUCGAUGAGGAGGAGGAGGAGGAAGAGGAGGAAGGCUCUAUGACCUUCAUGGGCGACCAGGACGGCAUGUCGCAGGGAUACGUGCAUCACACCAUCUCGCCCGACCAGAUCCAGUUCAUCAUCAACCCGGGGUCCAUGGCCAUGCCGCGCAACAUCGAGGGGGCCACCCUCACCCUGCACUCAGAGUGUCCGGAGACCAAGCAAAGAGAGGUGAAGCGGUACCAGUGCAUGUUUGAGGGCUGCACACGGACCUACAGCACGGCGGGCAACCUGCGCACGCACCAGAAGACCCACCGGGGCGAGUACACGUUUGUGUGCAACCAGUUGGGUUGCGGCAAGGCCUUCCUCACCUCCUACAGCCUGAAGAUCCACGUGCGCGUUCACACCAAGGAGAAGCCCUUUGAGUGUGACGUGCAGGGCUGCGAGAAGGCCUUCAACACUCUGUAUAGACUGAAAGCGCACCAGAGACUGCACACGGGGAAGACGUUCAACUGUGAAUCGGAGGGAUGCACAAAGUACUUUACCACACUCAGUGACCUGAGGAAGCACAUUCGCACUCAUACAGGGGAGAAACCAUUCCGGUGUGACCAUGAUGGUUGCGGCAAGGCGUUUGCUGCCAGCCAUCACCUAAAGACGCACGUGCGGACACACACAGGGGAGAAGCCUUUCAAUUGUCCCAGCAACGGCUGUGAGAAAGCAUUCAGCAGCCAGUACAGUUUGAAGAGUCACGUCAGGGGCCAUGGGGACAAGGGCCAGCCCUUCAGUGUCACCCUCACACACCCCCUGUCCGAGGAUGCAAAUCAUUCACUGUGCCUCAGUGACUUGAGCCUCAUCUCGACUGACUCGGAGCUCAGAGAAAACAUCCACAAUAACUUGGACUUGAGCAGUGUUACCCCUGUGAGGAUCUUCGAGCUCAUGUUCCAGAGUCCGGAGAACAGUGUCAGUCAAGACGAUGCACAUCCUCACGAGAGACUUGUCGAAGCCUUUGGCCAGGAGACUGGUCAGUCCACCAUGGGCGAUGGAUCCACCCCCAUCUCCUUCUCAUUCUCCCUCGUCCCUUCCUCCUCAUCCUCCUGUUCCCACCCACGCUCUCACCCUCACUCCGACACCACCUCCACCACUGUCCUGGAGGCUUCCUCCCAGCUCCCUGUUAGCCAAACCCCCUCUUCCCAACCGCCAGCAUCUCCUGCAACCAUUAGUAAUGUUACCACAAUCAGCUCCACCCAGCCCCUUGCCACCUUCGUACCCUUACCCACUGCCCUGCAGACACCAGAUGUGCCUGCCCCCUACGUGGCGCUGCCUGCCCAAACCGCUCCAAUAGUGCCCUCUGCUGCGCCAGUAGUGGUGCCAGGCCCAACCCUCGCCAACGCGGCUCUGGGCCCUGUAGUCGCUGCCACCCCCACAGAGACUGUGCCGCUGCCCGCCCUGGCUCACACACACACCGUGCCUUUGGCCAGCAACACCAACCCUGCCCUGGCGCCCCCAGCCUCUGCCCCCACCAUCGCCCCAAGCCACAGCCACACCCAGAGCCUGCUGCAGCCCAGCAUCGUCAUGUCCGACCAGAACCUGCAGUGGAUCCUUAACACCGCUGCCAACAGCCAACAGAACCCAGAGCAAGCGCCACAUGGAGGUCCAAAAGUGGAGAAGGUCUUCUUUACCACAGCCAUACCAGUGGGAGGAAAUUCAGGCAACUCUGUCCAGCAGAUCGGCCUCAGCCUGCCCAUCAUCAUCAUCAAACAGGAGGAGUCCUGCCAGUGCCAGUGUGCCUGCAGGGACUCUGCUAAAGACAAGCUCUCCAACAAGAGCAGCAACGCCUCGACAGCACGACAACAACAGCCCGCAGUGCUCCCCGCUCCUCUACCGCCCCCCGCUCCCGUGACACUGCCCUUUCCCCCCGUACCCCCCCCGGCACCCUCUUCCCCCUUGUGCUGCCUCCCACCGCUCACCUCGGAAGUGAACGAGUCCCCUCCUCUUCCCCAAACAGGAGCGGUACUAGGACCGGGUAGCCCCUCCCCCUCAACCUCUGUACAGACGUUCCCCCCAGGGGUGGCCACGGCGACCACCAACCCCCCCACCAUCACGUCCAUGGUGGCCAAACCAUCCGUGUCGGACUUCCUGUCUCUGCAGAGCCCCGAGAGCACGGCCAACAUCGAAGCUUUGCUACUGGUGACCAGCAAUGAUAACUUCACUAUGGCCACCGCUGGCACUAGCACCACCACCAGCCCCUAGUGGUCCCUAUUCUCCACUCUUCUCUUGCAUACUCCCAGUCAUGGAUUUAAAAGCAUUUUUGUGUAAGCGUUGGGCAGAGGGAGUUUCUACCAUUGUUAAAUUAAAGGGAGUGUGCAUAUGCACAUAUGCAGCCGUACUUGCCGAUUCACCCACUACGCAUCUGCUUUUCAAGUAUUGUAAGUGGAACUUAAUGAGGGGGCUUAUUUUGAAAAGGCCGCAAAAUGCAUGCCAGUCUAGAAAAGUGUUCUUAAUUGGCUGGCUCUCCAUCAAACAAGGUCCUAAGCACUGAUCAUUUGAAAGGCCCGAGGAACUAUUGUGUGCUUCUAUUAUGGCGUUAAGCUGAUUCCUGAGAGCAACAAAACAUUGUCUAUAUCCAUGUACUGUACAAUAGUUCUUAACUGUAACUAUUAUGAUUAGUUGGUAAGUGAUUGACCAGAAUGCACUGCAUGUGAAGUGAAUUGGAAUUUCAUCAACUAUAUUUCCUACAAGGAAUUAGUGUGGCAGUGUUGCCAUUCCCUUAAAAGCAAUGUCUUGCUAAUGCCAUAAUGUGAAGAGUCAUUUCCAGUGUUUUACCUAAAUUAGCUAGUGUAGUCUAGAUCAUUGUUUUGUCUUUUGUCUUGCUUUGUUCGUUUUUGUCUUUCUUUACAGGUAUAUUUACUAAUUGAAAAAGAAAUUGCCUGUGACACAAUUUGCUUGCCUUUUUAAAUAUAAUUUAGAAGUAAAUACAAUAGUAAUAAGCCUAUAACUUAAUAUUUAAUUUGUCAAUAAUUUUUAUUUAUUGGAGAAAAAAUAUCAAAAUCUCUGACCUUAGACUGUCAUCAAGUCACAGCUUAUUCAUCAUCAUUGUAAUCAUUGUUAAUUUAUUCCACUUUUCGCCCAAGGUUUCUUUUUUAGUCCCCCCUGUUACUGAUUUUUGUUUUAUGAAGCUUCUCUCAAUCUGUUUCAGAAAGCUGUUUCAACACAACGCAAUUAAUUGUAUAUUAAGGUUGUCAAAGGUCCUAAAUUGAGUUUUGGUCAGCAAAAUGUCUUCACAAUGAAAUCAUGAAACAAUUAUGAAAAUAAUUGCUCACAACACUGUUUCUCUAUGAAUUUGGACCCACUCAGGGAUGCAUCGUGGCAUAUCUAAUUUAUACAGCUUGAGAUUUUCCUUUAUUUAAUAAGAGAUUGUCCAUUUAGACAUUUUAGCAGUCAACUGCCCGGAUGCCCAUCGAUUGUAGUAGCCCCCUUUUUCGGCUGCACUCUCCCCUCUUUGUGCACUGUCUUAAAUGACUAGUUAUCUGCGUUAUUACUAUGACAAUAUUUAAAUACCACUGCUGUCAGAAGGGGUUUCUGAAGGGUGUUGAUGGUGUAAAUACAUUACAUUUAAAUAUAUGAACACAUUCCUUCAGCUUGUUUUAGAAUGUAUUUGUUUUGUAUAUACAUUUUGAAUAUGUAGACUUGAACCUUGGAAACUAAAGACAAUACCCCCUGCGCUGCCCUUUGUCUUUGCAUUCUGCCCCCAUGCAGAUGCUCACACAUCUUAUGCAGAAGAGUAUAAAAUGAAGCCUUAUAAUGGUUAGUUUUAGGGCCAUUGGCUUCUGUGCAGUCAACAUAGUAUUUAUUUUCAAAUGCAACUGUAAGUAACUUUCUUAGAGUAUAUGACGAUAUUGUUUCACAUGGGACAUAAUGCAAUGAUUUAUAAAACAACAACAAAAAUAAUUGGAGAGAAGGCAUUAUGCCCAAAUAUCAUGUGUAGAGCAAACUUGCCUUACUACAGGAUAUCUCACUUGCUGUGGCUUACUGAGCUGGCUCCUUGUCUUGUCAAUCUUUGCCUAUGGCUUGAUUUGGACACGCUGCCUGACUUUCCUCCUGUUCAUCUAGUCUUGUUCAAUGCCUUUUAGCAGCUGUCUACAAGUGGACAAAAUUACAUUGAAAAGAAAUGCUUCAUUUUUUGUUGGAAGAUUUAACAGAUAAAUGUGCCAACAAAUCAAAUGAUCCCCCAAUUAUUAUUUUUCUGUUGUCAUUUUUUAUGUGAAGAUGUUACUGCAGAAAUAUACUGUAGACUGAAUUUUUUUUGUAGUACUGUAUUGUAGACAACUUAAUACUUUAUUUUACAGAUCACUACAUCAAUGUUGUAGUUGGAAAUUGUAAUUACAUCAACAUUUUAAUUGCUACUUCACAGGCAUUGAUUGACAGCAGCUAUCAUGUUCUAUUAUUUAGCAUGUAAAGAGUGACUGAGACCCAACCUAGGCGUCAUCAUGUAUCAUAGGAUAACCGAGUACGCAGGAAAUCUUUGUCUGGCAUACCUGAGUAGGAGAAAUGUGUAAACUAACAUGGGCUUUGCCCUUUUCCUGUUUUGAGAUUUAACCGAUACCAAAACUUGAUGACCUGGAAUAUUGAUUCAUGUAGUUAGCACUUAAAAUUGGGUCCACUAGAAUGUGAAUUAUCAAAUGUUAAAUAAUUAUUUUAUUUUAUUAUACUAAAUAAAAAAUAUUAACGCAACCAUUUUUGAAAGAUUUUACGGAGUUAGUUCAGAAAAGGAAAUCAGUACAUUUUAAAUAAAUUCAUUAGGCCCUAAUCUAUGGAUUUCACAUGGGUGGGCCUGGGAGGGCAUAGGCCCACCCACUGGGGAGCCAGGCCCAGCCAAUCAGAAUGAGUUUUUCCCAACAAAAGGGCUUUAUUACAGACCUAAAUAAUCAUCAGUUUCAUCAGCUGUCUCGGUGGCUGGUCUCCGACAAUCCCACAGGUGAAGGAGUUGGAUGUGGAGGUCCUGGGCUGGUGUGGUAACACGUGGCCUGCAGUUGGGCGUAUUGCCAAAUUCUCUAAAACGAUGGAUGUGGCUUAUGGUAGAGAAAUUAACAUUCAAUUCUCUGGCAACAGCUCUGGUGGACAUUUCUGCAGUCAGCAUGCCAAUUGCACGCUCCCUCAACUUGACAUCAUGUGCCCAGCAUAAUGAUCAUGCUUUUUAGUUGGCUUCUUGAUAUGCCACACCUGUCAGGUGUAUGGAUUCUCUUGGCAAAGGAGAAAUGCUCACUAACAGGGAUGUAAAAAAAAAUUAUGCAUGAAAUUAGAGAGAAUCAUUUUGGGUGUAUGGAACAUUUUUUGGAUCUUUUAUUUAUUUUCAUGAAACAAGGGACCAACACUUUACAUGUUGCAUUAAUAUUUUUGUUCGGUAUAGGUAUUCCCCCUCACAAUGCUGGUCAAUAACUUGAUGUAUUGUAAAUAUGAACCCUGACCCACUCUCUUACUGCCCUCAAGAUGUUCACAUCCAAUUCGAUGCAUACCUUUUUUAAAGAAAAUAUCUAUGCAAUGAUUUGACUGCAGUAUUCCUUAAAGUACAAAAUGCAACAAAAGUCAUGACCAACCUUUUACGUCAAUGUCUUGGUCCAAGUAAUUCUGUUAAAUCAAUAUUCAGGUUUGCUAAUGUCAACUUUGAAGGCUCAACUUUCUCAUUUGCGAAGCUCCAUGUACGUAACCAAUUUUGCUCACCAAUCUUUCAGUAUUCAACUUAGCGGUAUGACCAACUUGGCAUCCUAUUUUGAUCACCAUGAUCAUCCAUUUUAUGUGAAGGUCCAAUUUAUUAUGUGUGAUGUAUCAUGUUUGAGGUGGGGCUGUGAGCCUGGGCAUUGAAAUUUUUAUUUUUAUUUUACCCCCAUUGCUUUCCAUUGAAUAUUGAAUCGUGUCAUUUUUACAUGUACUUGUUUUGCCUCCCAUGUGAGUUACCUGGUUAAACACUAACUGGAUUUGCUUCUGGAAAAAUUACUACAAUAUGAUUCUGUUGUAAGAAUUAUUUGUGUCAUGUUGUACGCUGCAUCUUUUUAAAAGUUUUGGGUGAAAAACAAGCAUCUUUUCUUGUGUUCUCAUACUGUAUGUGCUAUUUUUGCUCAAGUCAUCUCAAUUAACUUUACGUUAAUCUGUAAGGGUGAUACAAAUUUGGACCCGAUUUGUUAACCCAAUUUAACAGUUUAGACCAAUUGUUAGAAUUGAAAGUGCUGGUUCUACCUUUGCUAGAAGAUACUGACCCUACUGUUAUGCUUGUUUACACCGAGCUGCACUAGGCUCAAAAUGCAAUCUUGGUUACAUUAAGACACUGGAGCCAGCACGAGAUAUGGGUGGGAAAACGUACCUCAAUGCAGGGAUGGGAUAUGCCACUGUACUCCAAAAAAAAUUGCCCUUUUCAUCCUCAUGCUAGCUAGCAGUAGCCACAGCAGCCAUUAUGGAAUAGCACAGAUAUCCACUAGUUACCACAACCACAAAGUCAAAAUUGGCUAUAUUGUAAAACGUCAUGAAAACAAGCUUUCUUAAUUUAAGGAAAGGGUUAGGCAUAAGAUUAGCAGUGCGGUUAAGGUUAGGUUUAAAAUUACAUUUUGGGGAGAGAAAUGGAAUAAAUAGGUGGGGUUUAUGACUGAAUUCAUGAAAACAAAAAUGUUAAUUUAUUUAAGGUUGACAGUGUGAUUAGGUUUAAAACCACAUUUUGAGAAGAGAAAUGGCAGGGUCUAUGUCUGUAGCAGCUAGUGAUGACCAAGAGCAAGUCACAUUGAACAAAGAAGCUAGCUGAUUGGCUGACACUGCCAUUCCAAAAUGGCUACGGUGAAUACUGCUAGCUAGCAGGAGCACAAAAAUUAUAGUUUUCAGGGAAAACUAGCAGUAUUUCAAUCUUCUCUAUGGAUCUGUGUAAAGGUAAAAUUGAGUACAGUAGAAUAUCCCAGAGGUACGUUUUCAGACACUUAUCUCGCACCAGCUCCACAGUGGCCAGAGCAGCAGGUAGCCUAGCGGUUAAGAGUGUUGGGCCAAUAACCGGAAGGUCGCUGAAUCGAAUCCCCAAGCCAACCAGGUGAAAAAUCUGUCUGUGCCAAUGAGCAAGGCACUUAACCCUAAAUGCUCUGGAUAAGAGCAUUUACUACAUUACUAAAAUGUAAACGUAACCAUGGUUCUGACCCCAGUAGAGCUGUUUAAACAAGGGUUGAGUCUCAUGUUCAGCCUUUAUGGAAUACAUUUUACUUAACCUUUAGGUUAAAUUGUCAGGCAAAUAACAGCUGAAAUGGGGAUUUGUUUGUAGCCAAUGGUCAGAUGCUUAGAAUGGUGAGUUCAUAGGUGCAAAACACUGGCGGCAGUUUGGAAAAAGCACAGUUUGUAUUUUGGAAUUCUGUUCAUAGUUAAGUACACAUGAUUAUUUGAGCAUGUGUAAAAUGAGGGGGAAACUUAAAGCUUCCAGAGGAAUGUCUUCAACACCCAAAGAGUGAGAAGUGACGGAUUUCUAUUUUUAAAAGAACGUAUCAUGUGAAAUUGGUUUGCUUACGCUUGUUUUGUAUGAAGUAGUAUUUUAUAAUAAAGCAAUUACUUUUUGAAUUGAGAGCAAUAUAAUACUAAUGAAAUCUUA